GGUGUGUUCCCGGGUGUGGGCAGCACUUCCGGUGUGUCCCCCGCCUCAGUCUCAGUGAGUGUGACCGGUGCGUGUCGCACGGAGCUCGUGGUGUCACACAGGCGCAUUAACACCGCUCGUCUGCCCAGCAUGGCCGAGCCCGAGCCCGAGGAGAGGAGCCUGGACGACUUCUUCGCCAAGAGGGACAAGAAGAAGAAGAAGGAAAAGGGGUCGGCGGCCGCGGCUGCAGCCAGUGCCGCGGGGAGCAGGGGGGCCGCCAGGCCGCCGGAGGGGCUCCAGACUCUGGUCUCCUCCACGGCCUCCUCGGCCUCCGCUCCCAGCCAGAGCAAGUUCACCAAGAAGGAGCGGUCCGGGCGGAGUGACGGCCAGGACAGCCAGCAGGAGAAGAAGGAAGACGAUGAAUGGAAAGAUUUUGAGCAGAAAGAAGUGGACUAUACCGGUCUUAGGAUUCAGUCGUUACAAAUAAGCAAUGAAAAAGAUGAUGAUGAAUAUGAGAGAAAGGAAGAGCAGGGUGCUGACUGGGACGACAAUGUAGGCUACGGCUCAGAAAAGACAUCAGGUCCUUGGAAUAAGUCUGCUUCUGCCCAAGCACCAGUAAAUAUUGUGGCAGAAGUUCCAGAGCCUGUACAGUCAAGUGGUGUAUACAGACCUCCAGGAGCCAGAGCCUCUGCUACAACUCGAAAACCACAAGGUCCACCUGAAAUAUUUAGUGAUACACAAUUUCCAUCGCUACAAUCCACUGCCAAACAUAUAGAAUCCCGCAGGGAUAAGGAAAUGGAGAAGACAUUUGAAAUAGUAAAGCAUAAAAAUCGUGCAAGAGAAGAGGCUGCAAAGAAUCAAGCUCUACGGCUUCAAUUGGACAAUCAGUACGCAGUCCUAGGGGAGCAGUAAAUGUGCAAAACACAAUAAGUGAGCUUUGAUAACCCACCCACUAAAGUAAACAAACUACAGCUACUGGCUAUGGACACAUCAUCAGAACCAUGCGAAUGUCCUCCAGAAUGCACUGGAGGAUGAUGCAAACAAUUGGAUUCUCAAGACUUGCGGAAGAAUUAAAACACAAAUUGCAAACUUUUUAACUAUUUUUGUUUUCUUUGACCUUUUAUCCCCACCUUUGCAUAUGGGAAUAGUCACCUUCGAGGUGCUGAUUACUGAACAUGUAUUCCUGGUGUGUUAUAGCCAUUAUGCUUCCAUCUAAGAACAGAAAAGCAGCAUUCAGUGGUUAUUAAAAUCUUUUAAUGUGGAGCCUUCAAAAUGGCUGACUACCUCAGAUUUGCUAUUGUUACAGCAGACACCACAUGGAUUGCAGGCGCUUUAUAAAAAGAUGUGGUUGGAUCUGUUUCUAGUGGUUAUGAUGUUGGGGCAAAAAGUGGAUUUCUCUUUUUAUUCUCCAGGUGGAGGAGGAAGGAGGAUGUUUUUUAACUUUAAGGUUUUGUGUGUUUUGUUUUUCUUUUUUCCUCUUUCUUUCUACACCUCCUGAGACAACUCUUAACACAUCGCCUUUUCAAAAUUCUAUUUGUCUGCUUUUGUCAAUGAUUUAAGUGACCUUAAAGGGAUUAUUAGCAUUGGCCCCAUUUAUGCUUGUUCAGUUUUUUUUUUUUUUUUGCAUUGGUAAUACACACGUCUCUUUAUAGAAAUUGCCACAAAGCUGUAGUUUGUUGCUUUUUGUAUAGGGUAAAUGUCAAACAGCAAGUUAAUACACAGACCGCUCUGCUGAGGGGCAAUUGGGAAGUAGCUAUAUUUGUUUCUCAUAGUUAGACUUUAGUUUCUGAAAUAUAUUGCAAUCUCAACACUUGCAUUUGUGCGCUAGUUAGUGCUGUAGCGCACUAAUAUCCAGGUCCCUAGAACAAUAUUAUGCAAAAAAAUGUUCAACUGGUUUCUAGACCUUAAUGGGACUUUACUAAAAAUUGACUCCCGUUUAAAUCAGAUGUUGAUGUAUUUUUAUUUCCCCCCUCCCAUCUAUACUUUGGCUUAGCCAUAUGGAUAGCGAAUGUAUCUAUGUAGAGUUUUUUUGGUUUUUUUACUGUGGCCACUCCAAAGUAGUGGUUAAGGUGCGUCAGUCUUGUCAUAGAUGGUAAGCGGUCCUUCAUACAAUACAUCAUGGGACAAUAGGCACAAUUGUCAGUACAACCAAUACUAAUGUAGAUGGCCAAGGUAUAAAAAAUCUACCUCUAUCAUAGAACUGCUAGCUGUCUGGUAGGCACACUAUAGAAAUUAACAGCUCAUUUAAACAGGACACAAACAAUUCGUAUGAUAGAGUAAGAAAAGAUGCAGUGUAUGUUGUGUAAGCAGUCAGUAGCAGUGUGAAGACUGAUUUACAAUACCACAUUCUUUGAGCUUGAAAUUUCAGUUUUCUUAAGGGAACACUGUCUUCCUAACUGCUUCUUCUCAUUAAAACAGUUUCUGGAGUCCACCAUUUGUUUUUUUGUUUUUGUUUUUUUCAUUUUAACAGUUUGUUUUUUACGUUUUAAUGCUCAAUGGGAGUCCUUGGGAGCCCAUCCUCUUUGUAAUAAUUGGACUAAUGAGGAAGCAGUAGCCAAAGCAGCAGUGGGUACCUGUCGGCUGACUGCUUUCAGCCUAUUACAGUGCCAAUUGCUGGUAUGGAUUGAGUUGUCUUGAAGGAAGUGUGUAAUGUCUGCCUUAGCCAUAAUUCCAGUAGGGGCUGGCCUGAGGGUGGUCCGUGUUAAACUGCUCUGAAAAUGGCUUAACACUAAAUGGAGGGAUAGCACCAAUGACUCCAGGUAUUAUAGCCAAUUCAAUGAGUUGAAAUUGUUCUUGUGCCUUCAGUGUUCCUUUUAAACGAGGACUGUAGCCACUUUAACAAUUUAAUCUUAUUGAAUUGGUUAUGGUACCUGGAAUUUACCAAUGUGUUCCCUCUGUUAUUUGUGAAACCAUUUUCAAGCUCAACGCUGAAUGUGAGGGUCCCUGGCCACCCAUAGCCAUGUCCCCACUGUAGGUGUGGCUAAGGCAGAGAUUACACAUUUCCUUUCAGUCAUUGAAAAAUAUACCAGCAAUGAAUGGCUGUGAUUUGCCGAGUGUCAACUACCUUUAUUCAGCCCCACAGCCAUCCAUUGCUGCUCAGGCUAAUGCUUAAUUAGCAAAAUCAGCACAGAUGGGAUUGGUUGCUGGAGCCUCUUGUUUAGCACUAAAACCUUAAAAACCAUUUACCGUUAAAUGAAAGGAUAGCAUCAGGGACUCCAGACACAAACUACUGCAAUGGGAGUAAGCAGUUAUGGUGCCAAUUUAAGAUGCAGCCUCCACACCAAGUGCCAUGCUUCAAGAGCUUUGUGAUUUAAUGAGCAGUUACAUUUAGCAAUGGAGAUUUUCUUUGUGAAACAUAGGUUUGCUUUUAAGCUUACCUGUAACCUGUGCUGCAUCCGGCAAUGCUUGGCAAGCAGUAGUGUAUAUGUAAGGAGGGAGUGCAGGACAGUUAAAAUAGUGCUUUGUUGCUCUGCACAGUUUUGUCGUCCUUAUAAUUGUAUGUCACGCUGAAGGUGGAUUGCAGCCUGCAUGUUUUAAGGAUUUCCAGUCCUCUUUAUUGAAACGUGACAAGUCCGCUUUAAGCAGUUACUUAAUAUGGUUGUAUGUGGGAAGGUUGCUAUAUUGGCUUCUGCAAAGCGGUUUUCUUUUCAUGCCAUGGUAAGAAUAAUGUGUUUGUGUUUUUUUUUGUUUUUGAAGCUUUUAACCUCCUAUAUCAUUAGCCUUUCUGCUAACACAAUCCAUAUAUUACAUUUUCCUGCUCUCUGCACCUUCCCAAACUUCACAUUAGAAAUCUUGUUUGCACUGUAUCCUGGUCAUGUGUGAACAUGCCCAAAAUCUUUCUGCACUGCUCUAUGGGGGAAAAAAGGGAUUUGCUGCGUGCCACAUCUGAGAAAGUGCAAGUUUUGCGCAUGGCCUGUAAUGCAGAACUGAGCCACUGAGUUUUCAGUGUAUGUUUAACACUUGGCAUGUUAAAUGGUCAGUUUGUUUUUGUUUAACAAUAAGGACUUUGAGUCCAUAAUGUAUAAUUUCAUAUCCUAAUCUGUGGAGGGUUAUUACAUUCUACGCCAAGAUCUGCCAAUCUGUCAUUGCCUCCUCAGGUAGCGAUUAAACGAAUGGUGUUAACUCUUCUUGAUAUCUUCCUUUAAAAUCAAACUGUACGUCAAGCAUACACACAGAUUUUAAAGACCACUUUAUUGCAACCUUGUAACCCGUGCCAAUAUUCUCGCUCAGCAGGGGCCAGUGUUUGGCAAAGCGACCUCGCUGUGAGUGCUUUCUUGCAUAUCUUGAAUCAUAGAAGGUGUAAUUUGGCACAUUCAAAAAAACCUGAAUGUGAUUUUUUUUUUUUUUUUCCUCCCCAUGUUUGAGCUGAAUGUUGGCGUUUGAAUUUUACCUUGGAGGCACUUUAUCUACAGUGUUCUCUUUAAUGUGAUCACCCUAUGCAUUGAAGAGUUUUAGCACAUCUCCCCAUCACCACCACCAUAAUUUUAAUCUAGCACAUCAAGGUACUGCCACAGCGAAAUCUUGCCAACUAAACCAUGAGUCUCAUUGCAGGUAUGUUAUUAAAAAUGGAAACUGAAAUUGUUAUUUAUGUGGAAUGUUUGGUAGAAUGUAGAAGUUUAAUUAUCUCAUGGCAUACUUUAAGCAUAUGAAGACCAGUAAGAUUUCAUAUUUUAAAUUCUUCCCCAGGACUUUUUUUUUUCCUUUUUUAGUUGUGGGAAAAUGUAUCUAGGUUUUAUAUCAUGCUGUUGCAAUGGGUAGUUGGACUGUCCUUUAUGGGCUACUCAGGCAUGGACUACGCAGCCGGAAAAUAGAAUCUGUGACUUUACUAAGCCGAAUUAAAAUUUAAAUCUGUCUAUA